CAAAAGAAUCAAAUUUCACGAUUCAGAACUGCGCGAGAGAGACUCAGAGAAAGAGUGAAACGAAAAAAUGGGAAGGAAGAAAGGGUAUGUCGAGUUCGAGGAAUCUCCACCGGACGAUUUUGAUCCGGCGAAUCCCUACAAGGAUCCGGUGGCUAUGUUGGAGAUGAGGGAACACAUCGUGAGAGAAAAAUGGAUCCAAAUCGAAAAGGCUAAGAUCAUUAGGGAGAAGCUUCGAUGGUGUUAUCGCAUUGAAGGGAUUAAUCAUCUUCAGAAAUGUCGUCAUCUUGUUCAGCAGUAUCUUGAGUCUACGCGUGGUAUUGGUUGGGGCAAGGAUGGUCGUCACCCUUCUCUCCAUGGACCAAAAGUUGAGGCAGUUGAGUCCGAAUGAUUUUCCCAUGGAUAAAUAAAAGGGAAGUUUUAUUACCCAAACGAUGUCAUUGCCGAAAUCCGAAUGUAGGUGGGAGGAAUGCCUAUUGUUGAAGCUGUUGUGUUUUGUUAAUUUUCCAUAGUCAGAUUUCCUGUGAACUACAAUUGUAUUUUGCAUUGCCUUGGCUUAUAAGCUUUUAUUGCUUCAUAUUACCAUUUAAGUGUAAACAAGUAUGGAAGAUCCUAUGAGCAAAAGUACAUGAGAUUGUGAAAUAAGUUUCUUUUGUUCUUUGUCA